AUGACUACCGAGCGAAAUUUCAAAGAGAUGAUCAAAGAAUCUGCGGAGAAGAUGCGUGACAUUUUGUGCUUUAUCAAUUCAAGCGAAAAAACGACCGAUACCGAUCUUCGGUUCAAUGAAAUCAAGAUCGGUUUGGCGAAGGCCUUCGGUACCAGUGUCGAUCCCGAAAGCAGCGAAGGACUGCUGUCGGUCCUAGAAGACAGCGUUCGGAUCAUCACAAACGAAUAUUUUUCGAAGUCUUCAGGGGACGCGCAACGUUUGUUGCUCAACAAAUGCGUAGACGUUUUCACGGACAUCACUGGCCGCGUCUUGAGAGUUCAUGACCCCGACUCUGAACGCUACGUCCGCGCCCUACAGUCCAGAGUCCAAACGCUGGAAGUGAUCGUUCAAAUUCUUCUCAAGCUUCGAUCUUACGCGGAACUCAAAAUCUACACCCACUGCCUCGCUGAACUGCUUGAGGCCCUGAAGAACGCAGAGCUCAGCACCGGACUUGAAACCGAUAAGCUUAGGGUUCGCCACGCAGAAUCUGUUCUGCAGAUCUGUCGCCUAGAAAACAGCGCACGUGUUGCGCUCCACUCCGACGCGACGCUUGAGUGCCUUUACGUCGCCAGAAACGUCUGCAGCGACGAGUUUCCCCAACUCCAAAAGUACUUGUCGCUUCGAGCUUUCGCCAUGGGCCUCGAUUGCUACAAGAACGGACACUCUGAGCACGCGGUCACUUACUUUCGAGAGUCCUUCCGCUUGGGCAAGAAACUGACCAACGUCGACCGCCAGGCAGACACCCUGUACCUCCUCGGAUGUGCCUACCUUCGCUGGAACAAGGAGGAACACUGGGAGAAAGCGGUCAAUGCCCUCGACAUGGCCAUGCUGCAUCAGCCCGGGAUCCUCAAGCACCUCACCAAGAAGCUAGAAGCCCUUUACACAAGCGGCAAUGACAAGUCAAUCGCCAACACGCUGGAUUGCAUCCUCAAGCACAAGGAGAUGACCGUCAAGAGCGCUCUGGACAUCCACAAGUCCCUGAAGGCCAACAGUCUCGCGGAAAAGGCCAUAGAGUUCCUUCAGAGAGCGUACAUUCGCUUUGGUCAGGACGAGGACUCGCUUCAAGUCCUCCUGGAACUCCUCAAAGCCGAGCUCAAGAGCGAAAACUUGGAUCGUGCGUCUGUAACCUUCCAGCGCGUCUUGGUCCAAGGCAGCAAAGCCCAGCUUAAGUGCAGAGACGAGCUGAAGCAGUUGGCGCGGUUUUUGUAUCAGUACGGUUGUCAGCAGGCCGAAGCGGGCAAUGUCGAAGACGCGGUGGAAUGGCUGAAGAACUGCGACAUGCUGAUGGGGGAAUUUGAUGAAGCGUUUAGCGCUGAUGACCCCGAUGAUGCCUCCGUGCUGGACAUGGCGGACGUUAAGCUAGGUUUUGCCUACUGGAGCGCCAAACUGGGCAAGCUGGAUGGUGUCAAGGAGGCUCUUCAGCAGUACAAGGGUCCUGACAACGUGCUCAGGCAGUACCUGAUGCUGAAGAUUGCUGUUCAGGAGGAUAACAGCACAAGUGCUAUGGAAGCUGCUCGUUUGCUUCUGUCCCUCGUGAAGCAGUCCAACGGCCUGGAACGCGAGACGACCUACCGCAAGGUGACCAGCGCCAUCGUCCACCUGUGCAGCUACGCGAUGCAGACACGCAGGACGGAGUUAGUCGGCCAUCUGCUCAGGCAGAUCGGAGCACCUCCCGAGACCAACCCAUCAAUGGCCGCCAUUCAGCUCAAGUGUCUGCAGUGCGCUGCAGGGCUGUGCUUCGCCACCUUCGGUGACAACCAAAACGUCUACGACAUCGUCAUACAGUGUGCUGAAAGGGCAUCCGCCAUCUUCAACGUCUGCAACCCUGCCCACUUGUACGAGUCCGCAGAACAGAAGGCGUGGUUCGCUUCCGCCUGCUGGAGCCUCGCUCUCCAACCGGAGGUCAGCCUUCAGCAGCAGUUCAGGUUGUUCUCGCACAGCUUUCAGCUGGCGCUGAGUAGUCGGCACCACUUCGCCGCGGGCCAGCUGAAGACGUACGCCACUAUGGCACUCCUGUCCAGCGUCAGCGCAUCGAGGCAGGCCACGGACAUGGAACUCAAGCUCAGCAUUCUGAGGAAUGUCCGGUCAGUAGCUCAGGAGUACAAGAAAGCCUUCCCAAAGUGGCGAGAGUUUGAGGACUCGGCAUUGAUGGUUCUCCAGGCUGAAUUCGAAGCUGCGGUCAACAGCGGCGCCAAGGACUCCGCGAGAGUGGUGGACGAGGUCCUAGCCUACCCUGGAGCAGACUCCGACUUGCUCGAAGGCUUUGUCACUGUUUGCCAGAGAGCCGGCACCCAGAGCAGUCCUCAUGCCUGCCGCUUGCUCCGUCAGUGCCUCAGCCUGAAGAUGGCCGAGAAUACAGUUAAUUUAAACUCCGUCAUCAGGCUGUAUCACAUGCUCUUUCAGGCUCUGCUGGAUUCGUGCGACGAUUCCGGACUGUCGGCCUGCGUCGAAGAGAUCCUGAAGCUCGGCCUGAUGCACGGAAGUUCCUAUCCAGAGGCAGAGCUCGUCUGGAUGAUGACGACUGCCUGGAACGGGGGAUUACGGCGCCUCGUCGAGGGGAACGUGCAGUCGGCGGAGCUGCGUCUCCGCGACGGAGUACGAAUUCUCCGCUCACUUCCGACGCUCCGUCCGGCGUACGAGCGCAAACUGCUCGCAGACUUUCGGCGACUGCUUCCGAACGUGAAGCUCGACGAAGACAAUUCCCAGUGAGUUGCAUUCCGCGGGAGCUGGCCAGUUAAAUUCGCCAAGAACGUUAGUUUUGCUUACGCAUAAAAGUUUGGUCUUUAUUUAACAUACGUCAAUGAAGCUCAUUGACUUUGUUGUUUCUAAACAAGGCUUUGCUGCAGGGACGUAAAGUUGACACGAAAAGUCCUUCUGUUAAAAAUUUAAGGGUAUAAUGUCGGGUAAGACUGCAAGGGAACAACUUAACCACGUUUGUUUCCAUUUCGAGACUUGU